CACUUCCCUCAAUAAAAGGGUCCUGUAAAUGGUAUAUGUGUUUCAGAAACGUCAAGACUCUGCUGUCAACUCUCCUUCCUCCUGCCUUAUUGACAGGCAGAGAAUUCAGUGCUUGAUUGCUCUGUGCAGUCUUUAUCAUGUGGUUAUUGAUAUUCUUAGCCUGGUUGGUGAUAUGGGCUGGAGGGACGUACUGGUAUCUUUUCAGCAAGCCAAGCCCUUUCUCUCUGGAGUCAGUGAGGCCUCUGGGACCCCGGGAAUUUGACCAGAGGAAGAGGGACAAAGUCAUCAAACAAGGUUUCAGUGUUGACAAAGUGCCCCAGAACCUGGAUGCCAUAGUGAUUGGUAGUGGCAUUGGGGGCCUGACGGUGGCGGCCACAUUGGCCAAAGUGGGGAAGAAGGUCCUGGUCCUGGAACAACAUGACCAGUCAGGAGGCUGCUGUCACACCUACGUAGACAAAGGAUUCGAAUUUGAUGUUGGUCUCCACUUCAUCGGCCAGCUCCAUGAGAACAGUCUGCUGCGUAUUGUCUUCGACCAGAUCACCGAGGGCCAGUUGGAGUUUGUGGAGCUGGACCAGCACUUUGACACCAUCCAGAUCGGUGAGGGAGAGGACAAACGCGAGUACACCAUCUUCUCUGGCAAGACAGAGAUGGAGGCUCACCUGAAAAAUCAGUUUCCAGACGACGUCACUGCCAUUGAAACUUUUUUCAAUAUCAUGAAGGUGUCAGCCAAGAAGACUCACUAUCUGGCCUCUCUGAAGCUGAUCCCCCAGUGGCUGGCUCUGUUUUUGCUGAAGUCCGGCAUCACAAACCUCUGCUCCUCCAUCUUUACCCUCUCUGGUACUGGAGCUACAGACCUGGUGAGCACCUUGACCACCAACAAGGACCUUCACGUCAUCUUCAGUUACCUCUUCUACGGUGUCCCCCCCAAGGAUUCCAGUGUUAUGAUCAAUGCUCUUCUGUUGCACCACUACAAGAGAGGAGCGUACUACCCUAAAGGAGGAGCCAGUGAGAUCUCCUACCACAUCAUCCCUGUCAUCCAGAAGUCUGGAGGCAACGUCCUGGUCAGAGCACCUGUCACUCAGAUCCUGGUCAACAAUGACGGGGCAGCAUAUGGUGUAAAGGUGAGAACGAUACAGCAGGAGGUGGAGGUACAUGCUCCUGUGAUCAUCUCCAACUGUGGUGUGUUCACCACCUUCCAGAAAUUACUGCCCCCUGAGACCCAGACCAAGCCAGACAUCCAGGAACGUUUGGACAUGAUGAAACAUGGCAGAGGAUCAUUAUUGGUCUUCUCUGGCUUUGAUGGAACCCAAGAGGAGCUGGGUAUUGUCUCCACCAACUUCUGGCUCUUCAAAAAUAAUGAUAUGGAUGGCUCAAUGGAAGGGUUCUUUGCCAUGAGUAAAGAGGAUGCACCUGAUAACAUCCCUAUGAUGUUCAUCACCUUCCCCUCUGCCAAAGAUCCUACAGCCAAGACGAGACACCCAGGGAAAUCCUGCAUGACGAUAUUGACCAUGGUGAAAUACGAGUGGUUUGAGGAAUGGGCAGAUACCUCAGUAAGGAAAAGGGGAGAUGACUACACCAACUACAAAAUGAAAUUCGCAAACAAUCUCUUUGACUGGGCAUGCACCCUAUUCCCCAAGCUGAGGGAAAAGUUGGUGUUCCAGGAUGUUGCGACCCCCCUGACUAACAUGCACUACCUGGGAGCCCAGCGCGGGGCCAUGUACUCUGCUGAGCACAACCUGGACCGCUUCCAUGCUGAGGCUGUGGCCAGGAACCGCUGCUCCACCCCUGUCAAAAACCUCUUUAUCUCAGGGCAGGAUGUGUUCAGCUGUGGGAUAGCAGGAGCGUUGCACGGGGGUCUCCUGUGUGCCUCCACGGUCCUGGACCACAUCGUCUACAUCGACCUCCUCUUCCUCAAGAAGAAGCUGAAGAAGCAGAAAGCCAGAAAGAUGGCCAGGCUGGUUAAGAAGCUCGAGUGAGGAGACUGCACUCCAUUUCUACGCUCCGGAGCGAAGUCUCCCCUAUAAUUGAACUUUCCCCUCCCCCCAAUCCUAACCUAAAUCAUUAGUUGGGACAAUUUAAAACUGACUCAAGAUCAGCGUCUAGGGCCAGCUUCACCCUACACACUACUUCUACAGUAAGGUAGGCUAUGCAGGGUCGAAAAAGAAGAAACCGUUAACAUCCGGUUUUCAGGGAUACAGCAUCUUCAACAUAGCUUCCGUUUCCUCUGAAAACCACAUGUAGGGACCACAGGAGGUUGGUGGCACCUUAAUUGGGGAGGACGGGCUCGUGGUAAUGGCUGGAGUGCAAUAGGUGGAAUGGUAUCAAACACAACAAACACAUGGAUUCCAUGUGUUUGAUGCCAUCACAUGCGCUCCGUUCCAGCCAUUAUUGUGAGCCGUCCUCCCCUCAGCAGCCUCCACUGGUAGGGACUGCUCAAGAGGUUCUUUUACGCUUGCUAGGUUAACAGUAAGGCUGCUCUCUACUUCCUCCGCAGGACUAAGUCUGAACUGCAGGUUUCAUUCUGAUACUAUGACAUCAUAACAAGCUGAGGAGAUGGAAUCCCAACAAACCAUUUCUGGUUACCUCUUCAUUCCUAGAACAUUAGUAUGAAUGUUCUAAGAGGGGUAAAAUGGUUAAAACAUUUGACAGAGUUUCCCAGGGAUAUAUACAUAUUGUAUGUCAUUUUACAAUUACAGAUUGAUUUGUAAAUACAGAAUCUGCCAAUGGAAAGUAAUCCUUGAAUAUGUAUGCACCACUUACACUGUGUCAAAGUUUUUAAUGUUUUAAUGUGAAUCAUUUAAUAUUGUAUUAUUGUAAACAUGUAACAUGGUCAGACCAGGUGCCAGCAUAAAGUGACUAAGGGGACAGUUGAAAUCGGUUAUCGGGCACAAUUUUUGGGUUCUUGCAUUGGAAUUAUAUUGAAUUCUGCUUAUAUCAGGUUAUACCACAAUAAACAGUUCAAAACCGA